CGUCGAGAACCUUCUCCCCCUUUAUAAUUCCCCCCUUCAGAAAAGCUGCUCCUCAACGCGAAGUUAAGCCAAUCGAUACGAAUCCGACGAUCUCAACGGUCCCCAUCCCGAUCGAUCGCAAGCCAAGCAGCCGCAAUCGCGAUGGCGGACGAGGCGAAGGCGAAGGGCAACGCGGCCUUCUCGGCGGGCCGCUUCGAGGAGGCGGCGGGCCACUUCGGCGACGCCAUUGCGCUCGCGCCCGACAACCACGUCCUCUACUCCAACCGCUCGGCGGCCUACGCCUCGCUCCACCGCUACAAGGAGGCGCUCGCCGACGCCGAGAGGACCGUCGCGCUCAAGCCCGACUGGGCCAAGGGCUACUCCCGCCUCGGCGCCGCGCACCUCGGCCUCCGGGACGCCGGCAAAGCCGUCGAGGCCUACGAGAAGGGGCUCGCCCUUGAGCCCUCCAAUACGGCCCUCAAGGAUGGCCUCGCCCAGGCCCGCCUGGCCCUCCCGCGCCCCCGCCCCCCGGGGUUCGGCGCCGACACCAUCGGCAAGGUGUUUCAGGGACCGGACGUCUGGAGCAAGAUUGCCGCCGACCCCACCACGCGCGCCUACUUGGAACAGCCGGACUUCAUGCAGAUGCUGCGCGAUGUGCAGCGGAACCCCGGCAGCCUCGGCAACUACCUCUCCGAUCCCCGCAUGAUGCAGGUGCUCACCCUCAUGCUUAACAUCAGGCCCCAGAACGAGAACCAGUACAAUGAAGCAUCCGAGCCGGCGGCGUCGCAGUCCGCGUCCCCGCCGCCACAGCAACAGCAGCAGCAUAAGCCCGAGACGAGGUCGAGGGAGCCGGAGCCCGAGACUAAGUCAAAGGAUCCGGAGCCCGAACCGAUGGAGAUGACUGAGGAGGAGAAGGAGCGGAAGGAGAGGAAGGUGGCGGCGCAGAAGGAGAAGGAAGCGGGGAACGCCGCUUACAAGAAAAAGGAUUUCGAGACGGCUAUCGAACACUACACAAAAGCCAUGGAGCUCGAUGACGAGGACAUCUCCUACCUCACAAACCGCGCCGCAGUUUACCUUGAGAUGGCAAAGUAUGACGAGUGCAUUAAGGAUUGUGAUAUGGCUGUUGAGAGGGGAAGGGAACUACGUGCUGAUUUCAAGAUGAUAUCGAGGGCACUGACCAGAAAAGGAACUGCUCUUGCCAAACUUGCUAAGUGCUCCAAAGACUACAAUGUUGCCAUUGAAUCUUUCCAGAAGGCUUUAACUGAGCAUCGGAACCCAGACACCCUGAAAAGACUAAAUGAUGCUGAACGAGCAAAGAAGGAGCUCGAGCAACAAGAGUACUAUGAUCCGAAAAUAGCUGAUGAGGAGCGAGAGAAAGGUAAUGAGUUCUUCAAGCAGCAAAAAUACCCAGAAGCAGUGAAGCAUUACACUGAAGCGCUCAGGAGAAACCCACAGGACCCAAGGGUAUACAGCAACAGGGCUGCUUGUUACACCAAGCUGGGUGCCAUGCCUGAAGGUCUGAAAGAUGCCGAGAAAUGCAUCGAGCUAGAUCCUACAUUCUCCAAAGGAUACACAAGGAAAGGAGCUAUCCAAUUUUUUAUGAAAGAAUACGACAAAGCAAUGGAGACUUACCAGGUGGGCCUCAAGCAUGAUCCGAGUAACCAGGAGCUGCUUGAUGGUGUAAAGAGAUGUAUUCAACAGAUCAACAAGGCAAACAGAGGCGAACUUACCCCGGAGGAACUGAAAGAGAGACAGGACAAGGCUAUGCAUGAUCCUGAAAUACAGAACAUUCUGACAGACCCUGUCAUGCGGCAGGUGUUGAUUGAUUUCCAAGAGAAUCCAAGGUCUGCUCAGGAUCACCUCAAGAACCCUGGAGUGAAGCAGAAGAUCAUGAAGCUAGUAAGCGCAGGAAUAGUCCAAAUGAAGUAGCUGGAAGGGUCAGAGGUUUAGUUGAUUUGUACCUAGAAACAUAUGUUCAGGCAAAAAUUUGCUGUGAGCUUUUUCAACAUAUGGGGGUAAUUUCACUCUGGCAGAUCGGUUUGUGUCGCUUCGUGCUGAUGUUCCAUGUUCGGCAUAGGCUGACAUGUGUGCAAGGCAUCUCGUCAGGAACUUGCUGUAAUCAUGGUUUGGAAAAUUGUAGGCAGCGAGACUACUCGCCCACCGAGCUGAACUACGAAAUUGUUGGUGAUCAGUUAGACCAGCGAAAAUGCAGGGUUUGGUUCCAGUCU